AUGCCGGCUAGCGCGCGGCACUCGCUGGCUUCCCCGGUGGUGAACGGCGUCCUCUGCCAGUGCGGCGCCGCCGCCGCCACGGCGACCCCUUUGAGCGCGGCGGUGGCGGGGGGCCCCGCCAUACCCGCCCUUGAUGGAAGCGGCGGCUCGUCCCCUCCUGCUUCUUUCGCUUCGCCCCCGGAGCAGGAGCGCCGCCUGCGGAGCCUCUUCCUCCAGCUGGACGUGAACCGCGACGGCGCUCUCUGCGUCCACGACUUGCUAAUCGGCCUGCAGCGCCUCGGGCUUCAGCGCUCCGAGAGGGAUGUGUGGGUAAGCCCUUCCGCAGUUCCUCCAGACCUGCUUCUUUCACCCACCGCUGCUUAGCCACCUCUCGCGAAGGGCCCGUGUCCCUCUUCUUCUUCCCGCCCCUUGUUCUCGCUUUAUGAGACAGCUUCUUUCGAUGCUAAAUCAUUUGGGGGGAAAGGCUAAUUUGUUGCAAACCUUAAUUAAUAAUAAUAAUAAUUUAUUAUUUGUACCCCGCUCAUCUGGCUGGGUUUCCCCAGCCACUCUGGGCGGCUUCCACAAAGACCAAAAAUACACUAAGAUGUCACACAUUAUAAAAUUCCCUGAACAUAUAAAAGAUAAUACGGGACCGCCUCUCCUGGUAUGCCCCGCGGAGGACCUUAAGGUCCACAAAUGACAACAUUUUGGAGGUCGCAAGGUGGUUAGAUUGGUCUCAGGUAGGGCCAGGGCCUUUUCAGUACUGGCCCUGACUUGGUGGAACGCUCUGUCACAAGAGAAUAGGGCCCUGCGGGACUUGACAUCUUUCCGCAGGGCCUGCAAGACAGAGCUGUUCCGCCUGGCUUUUGGUUUGCACUCGUCUGACCCUUAUGUUUCCCUCCCCUUAUGGUUUUGAGCUAUGGGCUACUUUUAAAAUGAGGCUGGAUUUUAAAUUGCAUGUUAACCUGUAUUUUAAAUUGGUUCCCCCCCCAUUAUGUUUGUACUGUAAUUUUACUAGUGUCAGCUGCCCUGAGCCUGGCUCCGGCUGGGGAGGGCAGGGUAUAAAUAAAAAUUAUUAUUAUUAUUAUUAUUAUUAUUAUUAUUAUUACAUGCAUCAUUUUAUUUGUAUUCAGCCUUUCCAUAGUUUGAACCAUGCUUAUGAUAUGAAAAAAUAAACAAUUACAGACUUCUUGUCACAAACAGGAAAUAAAACACAUUUUAAAAAUGCACAACCAAAUCUGAACAAUUUCCACAUAACUCAUUAGAUCUAAAAACAAGUCUGUUCAGCAAACAACAAAAAUUUAUUAUUUAUACCCACCAUCACCACCAAUUUAUUAAUUAUAAAUAACUGGCCGGCUUUCCCCAGACUCUCUGGACGGCUCCCAACAGAAUAUUAAAAACAUGAUAAAACGUCAAUCAUUAAAAACUUCCCUAAACAGGGCUGCCUUCAGAUGUCUUUUCAAAUGAGUAAAUAAAUUGGGAUAUUUAUAUUUUUUGUUGACUUUGGUCAUGAAAGACCUCCAUUGGCUCCCAGUACGUUUCCUAAACGGCCUCGACCCAAUACAGUGGAAGCUCGUGUUACAGACGCGAUCCGUUCCGGAGGCCCAUCCGUAACACAGAACUGACACAAGCCAAAGCGCCGUGUCUCCACGUGGCAUGAUUUAGUGCUUCUGCACAGGUGCAAUUUAGCGUUCUGGUACUUCCUGGUUGCUGCGGGACGCAACAUGAAAACACGUAACCUGAAGCGGAUGCAACAUGAGGUAUGACUGUAUACCUGAAGGAGCAUCUCCACUCCCAUCGUUCAGCCCAGAUACUGAGGUCCAGCUCCGAGGGCCUUUGGGCAGUUCCCUUACAGCGAGAAGUGAGGUUUCAGGGAACCAGGCAGAGGGCCUUAUCGGUAGUGGCGCCCGCCCUGUGGAAUGGCCUCCCAUCAGAUAGAUGUCAAAGAAAUAAACAACCAUCUGACUGAAAUUGCAGUUUUUAAUUAGUCUUUAUCAUGUUACUGUACAAGUGAUACAAGAACAGUAAGAUGAGCCUGCUGGAUGAGACCAGAAUCUAGUUCGGCAUCUUGUUCUCACAUUGACUGAUGUGCUUGUAGGAAGCCUGCAAGAUGUGCAAACAGCUCUCUGCCCACCUGCAAUCCCCAGCAACUGGCAACUGGUCCCAGCAACCACCGAUAGUCUUGUACUCCAUGAAUUUGUCCAAUCCUCUUUAAAAGCUGUUCAAAUUGGAUGAGAGAUGUAAAAAACAAACAGCAUUAUACAUACUCAUGUAUGUGUAAAGUAUAUAGCUUUAUCUACUUGUUCCAGGUGUUAAUUUAUAAUAACCUGAUUCCUAGAGCAGCAUGCGUAUCAUAACACUAGUGUAGAAUCAUAGUGGCAUGAUUAGAGUUGAGUUAUAAUGCCUUCAGCUUUUAACUGAGUUAGUGUUAAGAACACUUGAAAUAUGCAUAUGAAGCCAGUGUUCACUGCUUCUUCUUCCCUUCAUCCAGGUAGCUGCACAUUUCUGAAGACUGCUGUAUUUAUAAUUCAUAAUUUGUAAAUCUGUCAGUUUCAGCUGAUAGUGGAUGGACUGCUGCCUGCCACUUCAUAUACGGAUGCUCAUUUUUAGUUGAUAAUAUAUGGUAGGACAAUCAUGUUUUCCUAGUGUAUCUUUAAUGGAGCUAUAGUAACUUUCUCAACCUUUAAGUUGGCGGAAUUCAUUCUUUUGCAGCAGAACACAGCAGAUGGAGACAAUAUUCCAACAUCAUGUAGUGGUGGUGGUAGGAAGCCUAUGGCAGUGAUGUGUAGAAUCAUUAAUAAGCAUGUCCUUGUUUUCACUUCUGAAAUGGUGUGUGGGGCUAUGGCUUUUUUGUUUUUGUUUCGUUUUACUGGGGUGACUGAACCCUGGGUGACCAAUACAAUCAUGCUAUUAUCAUAUUAUGGUCAUUGGUCAUACCAGCCAUUUCUAAAGUCAAUUGGUUCCCUACAACAUUCCAUAGAAGAUUGUUUACUUGUAGUGAGCAAAUACUGUUUCAAGUUGCUGAAGGUUCUUCUUUGCCUGCUGAACCCAAUAUACAUUUACCCUCAUACAGCCUGUCCUGAGCUGGCUUCCAAAGCAGGCACAUUCAUAAACUUACUACAGCAUGUGUGCGUUGUGAAACUUAACAGUUAUGCUUACUCCCAGCACAGAAGAGAAGUUGUGCUCUGGCAUUUUACAUCCAUGUGCGUGUAUUUGCACAUUCUUGUCUCAUUCAAAUUUCUAGGAUUCUGGGAGAAUCAUUACCUGUGUGCACAAUUUAACUUUUCUUUUCUCCUAAGCCACCUCAAUUUACUCUCCAACUUCAAUGACAGCUUUGUUGCAGUACACCCCUAUGAACAGGUCAAUGCUACAAACUGACAUAAGAAUGCUAGGAGCCAUGUGGCUCUAUGGACCUCGGUUGUGGGUGCCAAAACAAAAUGUCUAGGCGCCCUUCUUUUUGUUCUCCUUAACUUCCUGUAUUUAGUGUGUAACUAAAAACUGGCAUGUUGUCAUAUGCAAAAUAAGGGCGGGGCGGGCAGUGGAAAUCUGGUUCCUUGGCUAAAUUGUUAGUUUGUGCUCCAGCUAGUCUUGACCACUGCAACAUGCUUUUUCCUGGCCAUUCUUUGUCACAUCUCUGCUGUCACAUGCUCCCCAGAAUUCUGCUACCACCAAAAUAAUAUCUCAUUUAUUAAGUCCAUGUGCCUCCUCUUGAUGCUGACUAGCUCCUUGGGAGCCUCUCCAUGGAAAACGUGUUCACUUUUAGAUCCAUUUUUUUCUGGAAGCACAAGAGGGCAGUUAGAAUCCUUGUUUCAUAUUUUUAAAGACAGGCAUUCCAAUCUCAUGAGCCUUGUGGAAUAAUAAAUGUCUGCAUUGCUACUUAGAGCAAUUUCAGCCAUUCCAUGACAAUGAAAUGUUCUGUGCUUUACAGAAGAUGGCAUGGUUGGGAAAGCUGCACUUCGGAGUCAUGGGGAAGGUACGUGGUGACGUUCUGAGAUAAUCAGUGUUAGAAACUGAAAUAUAAAAGCUAGGAGCCAAAUGGCUCCUGAACCCAGGGCAAAAGCAGAAUGGCUAGUUGCCAUUCCCUUCCCACCCCAUGUAGCAGCACUUUCUAUUUAUUUUUUUGAAAUGCAUGAACGAACACACAAUUCACACAAAUCAGUGACAAAUUGUUAAUAUGACAUUUUAAAUAGAAGUUCUUAACGGGACACCCCAAACAUAAAUGAGGCUCAGCCUCAGCAAUAGUGUAUGGUGUGUGUGUGUGUGUGUGUGUGUGUGUGUGUGUGUAACAAUUUCUACAUAGAAAUAGAUUCUACUGAAGUCAAAAGGGCUUACACCCAGGGAAAUGUGAAAGGAGAGUCCCAAUUCCAAAUUAACUUUUGUGUGUGUGUGUGUGUGUGUGUGUGUGUGACUGCCUAAGCAGCUGGGCCUUCAAACUCAUGUUAUAAUUAUAUGAAAGGUUCUGGGUACCUGGGAUGCCAAAUUUACUGUAGCAAAUUAUUAUUAUUAAAAUUUGUAUAUUGCACUAUGAAAAGGUAGCCAAAUAAAAACACUCCAAAAAUCUUCACAAAACCAGGUAUAGUAGCUAAUGGACAGGGAGCCCAAGGCCAGAAAGAUGGUAAGGUAGGAGAGAGGGAAUUGAGGCAUGAAAGGGUAAAAAUGAGAAAUUAAACCUCAGGAGGAAUUUCACAGGGCUUAUGAUGAACAUAAUGUUAUGGAAUUCAAAUUGUAAUACAAUAAAAUGCAAUAUAUAAGAAACAAAAGAAGCAAUUAGGGCACAAUUUAGGAAAGAAAGGUUUUCAAUCCUGAUCUGAAUCUGCCUGUUACUCAGAAGUAAAUCACAACCAAGUUCAAUGGGGCUUUCUCCCCCCCCUUUUUAAACCCAUGUAUGAUGUGCUUUUAAUUUGAAAUAUACUAGCCAAUUAUGAUGGUUUAAAUAGUGCAUGUUAAAGUGUUAUCUACCUCAGACUCUCACAGUGAUGGCUUAAAAUCAAAACAAAUUUUGGAGUGGGUUCAUUGAAGGACACUUAUGUCCUAGGUUUGCAAACUGGACACUCAAGGUGGUGUCUCUGCCAUCAGUUGUAUAGGCCUUUAAUAUGUGUUAAUUGCGGUGCCAAAACGAUAAAUUUAUAUGAAGGAAAGUGGGUUUAGGGAGAAUCCAGGGCUUGUCUGCAGAGUGGAAGGAAAGGAUGAUCUUUUUCUGCCUCCCUACUUCCAGCCACUCUAUGAAGAAUGAAGAAGAGAUCCUCUUAAGAAUAUUAGGGGGGUGGGCAGGGGAAGCAUGGCUUUGUUUUUUGCAGUUUUCAGAUGAGGACUAGACCAUGUGAAAAAUGAACAUAAGAUUUUUAGUUGGAGUUCAUUCAUUUUCAGCUUUGUAUUCUUGUUAUUAAAAAGUGCACUUAGACAUUCCAUUGUUGCACCCAUAACCUAGGUUUAAAGUGCCAUUCAUCUCCUAGGUUUCAUAUUUCAGUUUCUAACACUGGACCUUCCUUUUAAUAUCCAGAAUUUGAGAAUAAUCUUAAAACAUUGAAGUAUUAAUGUAAGCACCACCCUCCCCCUCCCUUGAUGGGUGCCUUGUCUUUUAAGGGGUGUUUUCUUGUGUAAAUACAGUCAAUGGGACUCUAAUAUUAGGAGAUUCAUCACAAUAAAACAAGCAGAUGUCAGAUUUCUAAAGUGGGCUUACAUAUGCUAAGUCUUAAAAUACUGUUACGGUAAAAUCUGGGUGCGAGGCUGCUCUGCCACCCAGCUCGUCGGACUAGGUCCACGGGUCCCUGCGGAGGAAAAUGAGCUCAGCCGGAGACAGGAGCAAGCUGCAGAAGAUCCAAGUUUAUUGCGCAACAGGUUCAAGGCGAGAUUGAACAGCGAGAAAGGGGUGACAUGAACUUUUGAAACUUCCCUCCAUGUCCCAGAAUACAGUGCAAAAUACAUCCCAGUUACAUCAUGAAUACAUUAAGAGGUUGGGUUACACAGGAUUAACACAUGGAGGAGGGAGGGGGAAUAUGCAGAGCUGGAGAUAUGCGCAGAUAAGCACAUCCUGAGAAGACAAUGGUCCAUGUAUGCAUAGUCUUCCACCUGGCAUUGCCCGGAGGAAAGGCUUGGCAAAGUGAUUUGACAGGAUUAGGGUCUUGACACCUUGCUUGAGGGAUUAUGGAGGACAGGGGAGGUGUCAUGGAGUCCUAGAGAAAUUGAGCAAAUUGGCACGUUGAUUUUCUAUGAAUUUUAUAGAUUUUAGUCCCUUUUGACAUUGACAAUUGGAAAUAAAUGGAUAUAUUGUAGCGAAGAAGAAGGUGAAGAAGACAUGCCCCCCCCUCCGUAUCAAUACUAUAAUAUUUCUCCUAAACAAUGGGGGUUGGGGGAAGGAAGCAGGUUCCCAACCUCUCCAAAGCAGCUUUCCAGGACCUCAUUUGUCAAAACAACAACAAAGUAACCUCCCCACUCUUCCUUGAUUCUCUCACCCCCUCCUCUCCCAAAGCAAGGCUCAUUUUACUUAAAAGUACACCCAUACACACCUCUUCUCUUCUGAAAUAAGGUGGGAAGGAAUCCACCCCUCUUCUGUCUAGGAACAGAAAGUGAAGUGCCUCCUUAACAGUGGAGCAAACAGAGGCAGAGGAAGAGGUGGGUGUGGGUGGUCUGAACUGGAAAUCUGAACCUGGAUGCUAGAUGGUGCUCUGGAGUCGCAAAAAAAGACUGGUGAUGGGUUAAUUUCGAACUGAAUAAGAUAGCAACAGCACUCCUGAAAAAUUCUUGGAUGAUAUGGCCAGCCAGUUUUAGUUAAGAACACAAGGGCAAGGAGCUAUUAUGAUGGCACAAACCAGUCAAGAAGAAGCAACAGAUGUGAGGCUUAGAGAGCUUUUUGUAGUGGAGUUGGGAGGGAGAGGAGGACUGCUUUGCCACACUGGUGGGUGUGAAGGGUUUGAGUGGAUGCUUCAUCCUGCAAGGGUAUGCCAGCUAGUAGGACAGUUUCUGGUCGAUACAUAGGGAGCAGGGAGUACUCGAUUGAAGCCACUGAGUAAAAGUGUCAUAGGAGCAUAAAGCCAUUAUGAUUAAAUGGAAUUUGUUCACGAGAACUACUGGAUGGAAAGGGGUUUUUUUUUGGGGGGGGGUUAUCCUAUUCUGCUUAGAAUAUACUUAUUUUUAAACGGUUGGACAUUUUCCUGCCCCACAUCAUUCAGGAAGGAUAAAUGAAAAAUUGUUAUGAGAUGUCAAUGCUAGAUUAAAAGAAAACAUAUUCCGACAUAGGUAGCUUGCUUGUUUUUUAAUUACUUUGACUGACACCUAUCCUUUUUCAACUCAAAUUAACAAUAAAUCUGAAAUUGCAUGUUGGAAUAGCUAGACACAGGAAGGGGUUAAUUUCCUUCAUGAACAUAAAUUGCCCCCUGGGUGAGGUAAUCUGCAAGGCACAAUGAGCCUGUUGCUGUGGUAAUGGCUGAGCCAUGACCAUGUGAUUAAUGUAUGUCAGCUAGUUCUGUGUGUUGUGUCUUGGUUAUUUGGUCCAACGGUAAUACAUUGUAUAUAUCUCUCUGAAAAGCCUUCUACAAGCUGGAACUUAUUAUUCUGUGAACAGUGGACGCUCGGGUUGCGACCGUGAUCCGUGAGGGAGGCACAUUCGCAACCUGCAGGGCUGCGCAUGCGCGGGUCACGAUUCGGCGCUUAUGCGCAAAGCGUGAUUUAGUCUUUCUGUGCGAGUGCUGAAACCUGGAAGUAACCCGUUCUGGUAAUUCUGGGUUUGGUGUGGUGCUCAACCCGAAAACGCGCAACCUGAAGCAUCUGUAAUCCGAGGUAUGACUGUAUAACUUUGUCCAGAGCUGUUUGCUGAGCCUCUUUCUUCUACAACAGCAAAAUAUUUGGGCAUUACUCUAAGUGAUACUGCGAGCAAGAUCUUCAAUUCCACUGUGUGUGCAUCUUAUAUUAGAUUCCCAACACUACAUUCUAAAAGUUUGCAUUUGCUGCUGAAUGUACUGAUGGGUAUAUAUUUUUUGAGAACUUGUAAAAAGAAUAAUAAAAUGCCGGAAACAUUUGAAAGCCUUAUUUCUCAAAAAUGAUGCCUCAGCUGAUUCACAAUAUGAAUAAUAAUUAGAUUGGCUAGAAUAUUUAGAUUUGCAACUUUUGUUUCAAAUACAGUGGACCCUUGGGUUACGUUACCUUUGGGUAAUGUAACUUUCGGGUUGCAAACGUAGCAAACCUGGAAUUGGGUUUGCCGCAUGCGCAGAAGCGCCUCUGCGCACCUCACGCAUGUGCAGAACAGGUGCCUCCAGUUAUGAAGAUUUCGGGAUAUGGCUGGGCCUCCGGAAUGGAUCCUGUUCGUAACCAGAUGUACCACUGUACUGCUUUUAAGUUUUCUUUCACAAUGAUCAAACAGUGAUGCACGUAGCCUCAAUACAAAGGUAGCCUCAAUACAUGGAAAUGCUCUUACAUUUCUGCUAUCUGUAAGCAUGAUGUGUGCCAUAAACAUUCUGACUGUCCACUAAAUUUGUACUAGUAAAUGUUCUUCUCACUUUCACCCUUUUAUUGGUAUGACCUUCUUUCGUCUGUCCCUGUUCAGAAUCCUCAUCUCUACUUUCAUCUCUUUUCUCACAGACUGUGGCAACUCCUCUCACUUGUCUUCUCAUGUAUCGACAGUCUAGAUUCCUGCUUGUGACCUCUACUACUUGACAUCUUCACAUGUUCCAAGAGCCGCUCAUUUGCACCACAGGCUACAGUGUCUGGUGUUUGUUUGGAGUUCCUGUUCAAAACUUUGCAACUGUGUUCAGAACUACUGUCUUCAGUUGAUUACAAGUUAUCUCUUAUAAACUAUCACUCUCGGACAGAUUAACUGCAUAUAUUCAACCUUCAUUCUUAAAUUUAUGGAUAAAUGUUUCUCUUCUCACUGGGUCUUACUGUGACAUUUGAGAUGCCAUAUAACAGACUACUUUGCUACAUAAAUGGUGUGAAUUGGGUAGGUGGGUGUGACCCACAUCCAUGGAAAAAAUAAUGAACUGCCUGGGAUUAUUAUGAGAGAGUUGGAUACCUUUCCAGCUGAUAUUUUUGACCUGGAUCAUAUCAGUAGUAAUAGCCUCAGUUGUCCAUAUAUUUUGUCUAUUUGUGGUAGUUAGGUGUUAUUUGUGAUCACCAAGCCUGCCUCUUCCUCCAAAUCCUUUGUCACCUGCACCUCCAGCAAUACCCCAUGCAACUUGUAAAAUUGUAAGUGAUGGUCUGGAAAUUUUUACUGUGAGAUAAAUAUCACUAUAUUCUGCCUAUAUUCUGUUACUUAUCUCAGUGACUUUAAUGGCAAAUCUCACCUAAAUGUGAUAUGGCUGUUUUAAUAGUCUUGUAUAAUUUUGACACUACUGAUUUAACCUGAUAUUGCACGUCAGGUUUAAUUUCCUGUUGAGCAGGAAGCAGAGACUGUAAUCAGUAUGGAACAUAGGACUGCUUUUCUAUUACCUGAACAUACUCUCCAGAGUUCUUCUCUGAUUAGCCUAGCUCUCAGAUAUUGUCAACCUGUGUCUGCUCUGUACGGCUUCAUACUGCAGAUAGAGGUUUGAGUAACCAAGGUAGUGGUAAAUAACUUGGGAGUGGUCCUCAAUGUUAUUUAAUGGUGUUAUUUAUAGGAGGCAUCACUUAAGUUGAUGAACAGAAAUGUAGUUAGGAAAUGUAAGUGACCUGAAGUUCCACUGCAACAUGCAAAUCACCUUCUUGUGAACUGAGACCGGAAGCUCUUGUGCAGAAUCACAUGACAGCUUAUCUGCAGCCACCAGCAGAUCCUCUCCUUGGCACUUGGACUUGAAACCCGAUGAGUCAUUGCAGAGUCACCUAGGGAGACAGGGCUGCUUUGGCUGCUGUUUCUCAUAUUGAAUUGCUUGAGAACAAAUUGGAAUUACCUAGUCAGCAGCCAUUCUUUAUCCUUUGCCGCUUGUUUUCUAUGCUUCUAGCUUCUCCAGUUAAGACAGCUAUCUUUUGAAAGUAUGUUAAGGUUUUUUCAUGACUCUGUACAUUUAAACAUUAAAAUAUUUUUUACAAAAAACUCCUGCCUGAAUAAUGUUAUAGGAAUUCUAAGGUAUCAAAUAUAGAAUAAAUGUUGAUUAUUGCACAAAGUAAGCACACAUACAUAAGUAUAUAAACCAUAUGUCUAAAAUAGUAUAGGAGAGCAGUCCAAAAGCCAUCUUGUCUCUCAUGAAGACUCUAAAUAUUUCCCCUGCCUUCUGAAUCCCCCUUGCCUGAGAACAGAUAGCAAUCAGGGGAACAGAUAGCAAUCAGGGGAAGUUCAUGAAGGGAUUCCUCUUCUAUAUCUAUGAACCUCCUUUGUAUCAAUUGUCAUAUGCUCUGCAUUGAGGGAUGUCUGAUGGGCAUCCUGAUUGUCUUACCAAAUGCUAUUGUUUUGUGUAAACUGUCUGAAACUAUGUAAAACUUGCUAAAUCCUCAGUAAUAUCACACCUUGGCCUUCCUGGGCCACAGUAAUCCCACCUUAUGUGUGAUAUAAUUUCUAACUGUUUGUAGAGGGGAUGUCCUGCUUUUCUACGCCAAAAUGCAAAUCCUUAAAAGAGAUUUUCUUCUUGGUUCUGGGCCUCUCUUGCCUCCUUGCUAGGAGGGGAGGGAACUCUUGCAACAGAAAAAUAAAGAUCUGCCUUGCUUUCACUGCAUCCUGCCUCUAUCCAUUCAUCUCUGACUGAUCAUAGACUUAGGGGGCUCAGUCCCUUGGGGAGUUGGGCAGCAAAAGCCAAUCACCCCUAUUUUCCCUAUAUCAAUAUCAACAGUGCUCCAAGCAAUUCUGAAAACAUGAUAGUAGUGUGGGCCUUGCCCAAGCGGUAUAAUCUCUGCCCUAGCAGAGAAGAUGGAUAGAAGAAAGGCAUGAGAUUUGGAAGGCGUGUCUGUAGCGAUACAGUACAGUAAAUGUUUCUGGAACUGUCAGUUGAAAAGGCUAUGUAAGGCAUUCAGUGAGUUUGUAGGCAGUGACUCGUUCAGGUUGGGGAUGUUUCCAGCUCUGAUACCCUGGCCCUCUAAUAGCAAAUCCUAUGCAUCUUUCAUCAGAAGUAGGUCUCACUGAGUUGAGGAAAUAGAGUUUGGAAGCUGGGUGGCACCCUCUCAUGCUGGUCUCCCACCCAUCCUUUAUUUCUCUCUCAUGUCACUCCCUUGUAUCACAUUGCUGUGGAAAGGGGAGCAUGUACCAAAUGGAUGAUGAAGUGACUCCCUUGCCUUGGCAUGACCCUCUACAUAGGAGAAGUGUGUAGUGGGAGAGCUGGACACAGGGUUGUGUUUAGGUAAUGGCUGUGUGCUCUCUUGUUCCUGUCAAGUGGGAACAUCACGGUAACUGCACCUGGAGGAGGUGCAGGUGCUAGGAGGUUGAUUUAGACCAGUUUUUCAACAACUGCGGCAAGAGUAUUGUUAGCCCAGAAAUAGAAACAAGAAGAAAUUCCGACAAAAGAAGAAUGGCAGACGAAAUUAAUGGACUAUGCAGAAUUGGACAAAAUGACAGGAAGGAUUCGAAACCUGCGGGACCAGAGAUUUACAGAAGAUUGGAAGAAGUCUAUGAAUUAUUUGAAGAGCAACUGUAAUCAACAAAUUACGCUAGUAGGACUACAAGAAGUUCUGUAAGGAGAAAUAUACGAAGUUCGUGCGCUCUUGCGGGCUUUUCCCCAGGAGGGAGAAGGGACUGACUGGCUGCAUCAGUCCCUUCUCCCAGAAAAGCCAGGAGAAGCCGCGCAGCCCCUUUAAAGAGCUGGUGUAAGCAGCUCCUCUCGUGUAAGCAGCUCCUCUCCCACUUUCCUGCUUCAAAGUGGAGGGAAUCCACUGCAGUUGCGAGCAGAGGAUCCAUGGCUCCGCUUCCUUCCCUCGAAGCAGGGUGCGGGGGUGCAGGGGGAAAGAGAGCAGGAAAUAGAUGCCGGGCAGGAAGACACAACCACACUUUGACCACUGGAAAGUCCACCCCAGCCUCCCCAGAUUUCCACUGAGACGGCCAGGCUAAUCUCGAUGGCCAUAAGUCAGGCUCAGCAUUAUUAACUGGACUUAGAUAAGCCAUGGUUCCCCUUCCUACCCUCCUCUGAGGCUCGAUUUAAAGCAGCAAAGCAGACAGGAGCCGCCCGCUUUGCUGCUUUAAAUAGUUUAGUGCAACAUUUGAUUCAGAAUAUUUUUGUGUGUGUUUUCCUCCUCUAAAAACUAGGUGUGCCCUAUGGUCAGGUGCGCCCUAUGGUGCGAAAAAUACGGUAAAUAUAUUUGGAGUUUUGCAUUGCUCAAUUUCAAAGGCUCAGUGCAAGUAAGUAUGAUGGGAUUUAGUAUGGAGCAUCUUGCAGGCUUGCAUGAGAAAACAAAAUGAAGGGUUGUAUCCAUUCAAGAGGAGAUGCAUUAAAAUGAAUGAACAUGACUAACUUGCUUCUAUUGAUUUUGGUGAGAUUGCUCUCGCCAAAGUUUGUUGAGUAAAACUUAGAUAUCACUCUAAUAUUUUUGAAAAUAAGUGAACUUAGCAAGAAAAAUAAAUAGAAAGCUAUAGCACCUCUCUCAGCAGGAUUGUACACGUUUUUUCAUGCAAAUAACUAUACUGUCAUGCAAAUAUUACUUUAACCCCAUCCUUCCUCCAAAUAGCUCAAGGUGGCCAACAUAGUUGCCACUCCCAUUUUUAUCCUUGCAACAAUCCUGUGUAGUAGGUUAGGCUGAGAGGGACUUACCCAAAGUUACCCAGUAAGCUUGUGACUCAGCUGGAAUUUGAUUUUUGUACUACCUGGUCCAAGCUCUAAUCCGUACAUCACACUAGUUCUAGGUGUUCUGCAGCUAUAGCUCUAAGAAAAAAGUAACUUCUCCACACAUUAUUUACAUACUCUGCAAAAGUGCAGCAACUCUUAACCAAAUCCUAAAUGAAAAGCUAUGUUAGCAAUUCUAGACUCCAAGGAACAAAACUGUUAAAAUAGAGCCAGCGCCAGACUGUCAACUUGAAAUAUGUCUGUGAAAUGUGUGGCAAGCAUAAUAAGGGUGGCAUUGCCCAAUUUAGAUGUUGAAACAAUGCAAAGAGGUCAUGUUAGGCUUCUGUAAUUAGGCAUAGAAACUCUCAAUCAUGACUCAGUCUGGUUUCUGCUUCCCUAGUGCCAGGCUGGACAUUAUAGGAGCAAGUCCAUGUUUUGCUUUGUUUUAAACAUCACAUAUAAAAUGGGGAUAUGAUUUGUAGAGCAAAAAAGGCUCAUUCAUGGGUGAGGAGUAUAGAAUGCUUUUCUCCGCACCCUUAGCUCAGUUCCCUGCUGUCUUCGUCCUGAGCACUGUUUUUCCUAGCCAGGAUCUGGUACUAGAAGUGAGUUUAACUGUAGAAAGAUCAUUUGUGGGAUCAGAUGGCAGAAAGUGAACUAUGGGCAGAAGAAGCAUUGAGCAUCUCCUUUAGGUGCCUAUGUUGUUGCUACAUAAAUUUGUAUUUACAUUGAAUACAGUGGUACCUCUGGUUGCGAACCAGAUCUGUUCCGGAGCCCCGUUCGCAACCUGAAAGGAACGCAACCCGCGUCUGCGCAUGCACGGGUUGCGAUUCGCUGCUUCUGCGCAUGCGUGUGACGUCAUUUUGCGCGCUUGCGUGAGCGGCGAAACCCGGAAGUAACCCUUUCCGGUACUUCCGGGUUGCCGCAAGACGCAACCUGAAGCAAACGUAACAUGAGGUAUGACUGUACCUAGUUUGGCCCUUAUCCCCUUGACAAGUAUUAUCUAGCUUCCUGGGUUUUUUUUUAAUCGUUAGACUAAGGUAAGAUAUUGGGCAUAAACAUUGGGUGCUGUCGCAGUGUAUUAAUUAAACAGGUGGCAAAGUUGAUAUAAUACGCCUUAUGGGAGUUUCUAGCUUUUUGUUACAUGAGGUUACCUUAGUUCCUACAAAGGCCCCUAAAGAACAAUGAUUUAGCUGACGUAGAAUGUAGGCAUGGUUUGAAAAGGACAAGGAAUUCCUUACUCUGUUUCCAAGAUUCUUGUCUGGGUCAUGACUCAGAUGCUGGAACAUCUUUUGAAUGUGUUUUCUUCAGCUCUGCCUUUCCCUGUUUAUAAUGCUGCCCCCCUCAAUUGUUAGCCAGGUCAAGCAACCUCAUCUUUGAGGUUAUAGUCAGCACUCUAUGCAGAAUUGUCUGCCUGUAUGCAAUAGACUGUCCAGUCACACGCUUCCCUGAUUGGCUCAAGAUUGCUGGUUUGAAUAAUGAACAUGCUAGUGUUAGAAACAGUGAUUGGCUGAGCACUGCUGCAGUGAGAAUGCAGGCUGGAUGCUCAGGGCUUCUGUUCCUUUGAUGUGUAUUGGAUGAGCUAGAAGCACAGGUUAAAUCGCUACAGCUGUCUAGAGUGAAAGGAUCUGUUAUCCAAGCUUUCUAAGAGCAGUGCCUUUGCAUUCUUUUGUUCAGGCUUUCUGUAAUGUCUAGCAUCUUUGCUUUAUGCUAGGAGACUUGUGCUUUUCUCUUUCAUUGUCUAUUAGAGUAAACUGCUUGUGACGCCAGACACGACAGCAGUACAGCAAUUUUGAAGGCAGGAAGCGGCUGCAACCCUUCUGGCGUUGCUGUAUUUGAAGCACUGCCGCGAUGCGGUUCCCUUAAGAGGAUACUUGGUAGUGCAUUCACUUUUUUUAAUCACUGUCUGCAGUGACUUCUUUACCAGGGCUCUAGUUGAAGGAUAAGUGAUGCUGCAGUCCCUCUGGCAGGUUUUUUCUUGCCUUUUUUCGAGGGCUGCAUGUCAAGGCCCUGCUGAAGGAAAGGAGAAUGAGGCAAAGGAAUCUCCAGCUCCCCACCCUGGGGACCAGGGACCAAAGAUGCUGGGGAAACCGCUCAACAAAGAGACCAAUCCCACUGAAAGGAGACCAACUAUUCUAUUGGUAGUUGGACCCGCAGAGCAUUUCACACAGGUAUUGUUGCUUUUAUUCACCACCAUCCUUCCCUGUGGGAAUGGCUUUCACUAGCCUAGACAGGUGUGUGUGAAUGCGAUGUGGCUGUAAAAGAUAAAGGAUGUGGGAUGCUAAGACUUGGUUGCGCGGUUGGAGGAAAAGAGAAAUAGUGAACACCAGUAGUUUGCCUCUUGAAAUGUUUGUUUAUGGAAGCGGCUUGAUGGCAAAGCUAUUAUUAGGGACAAAGGUUGCAUUAGCGCUGAAAGAUUAUAUUACGUAGGUGAAUAAUCUAUAUUAUGGAGUGGCAGAAGUUAUUUUGAUAGAAACUGGGAUGUUAAAUUUGGUGCGUAAUUUAUUUUACUGUGCUUGUUUGUUUAAAAGUAUUUCUAAACUGCUUAAUAUUUAAAAUCUCCAGGCAGUGUUCAAACACAUUUAUGGUUGUGUUUUACAAAAUAAAUGGGAUUUGAAGCUUCUGGCUUUGUUGUAUCUUUAGAGACACUCGUUACAAUAAUUGUGGAACAAAUUACGAAGCUUUGAGAAGGCAUGAUCCCGGCACUUUAGUUGAAUUGUGUUUGGCUACAAAAACCUGAUAUUGUAUUCAAGUUAAGAGUUGACUUCAUUGUAGACUUUCAAAUGUUCAUCUCUUUGUACUGUAGAAUGUUAUUUGGCGAGAGAGGGUGUGUGUGUGUGACAAUGUGAACCUUUUAUUUCUUGAUAUGGGAACCUGCCUUUCAAAGGUGAGGGGUGCUCAAUGUCUUACACAAAAGCUGGAGGACCACAUAUAACUUUCCUCUAUAGUCAAUGCAAUUUUAAAAUUGUCACUUGCAGGGGGAUAGAACUGAAGCAAUCAUAUUUUUAAAAAAGCACCUUUAAAAUUAAUGUGAAAUGAUCUAAGCCCACAGCCAGUAAUUUAUUGCUUAGAUUUGUUAGUUUACAUGAUAGGAUAAUUUAUAUAUCAGCAGACUUAUUGUGUUGAAAACUCUGGUUCAGGAUCCAGCAAGGGCAGAAAUUGGCAGUGUUGCUGGUCUCUAAACUUGGAUGCUCCCUUGAAAAAAUGCAAAUUGAAAAAAAUGUAAAUUCUUUACAUCCAGAGUUUAUCAUUCUGAAAGCUAUUCCUGGCAUCUUUUCUAUUGAAAUUAUCUUUUCCUGUAGGGUAGAGCCUUCAUUAAUUUUUCAAGCAAACAAGCCACUGUUCCAGAUUAUUCUUUCUCGAAUUAUCAUUAAGCACACUAGAUCUUUGUAUGGGCUGGGGAAACAAUUUUUGUGAGUGGCACAAAUGCUCUUGGUUACUAUUGGACCUUCUUGAAGGUCGUUCUUUGACAAUGUCAGGCUUGGAAAGUCACAUUUUUGGCUGGAAAACAAAGUGCCUGCUUCCAUAUGAAAUUCUGGAGGCUUUAGAAAGCAGGAGGAUAUUGCAAGCAGAGCCUCUUCUGUUGCAACACUCAGAUUUCAGAAUGCCCUCCUUAGCCAGCUCCAUCAGCCUUCCUUGUUAAGUUUUAGGCACAAAGUAAAUAAAACCAGUUUGCACAAACUUUAGUAUUUGUACUCUCUCCCCGCAACCCACUGUACAUUACUGUUAAAUUUCUUGUAUAGUUUUAGUGUAGUAACUUUAUUAUUGGACAUUAGAUUUUAUGAAAAGGCAUAACAUAAGUAAAAAACAUACACAUAGUGUGUUAGAGAACAUACGUGACAAUAAACAUGCUUUCUUUUAUUCCACUUUCUGGAUAAAAUGAAAUGAAUGCUGCUAGUGUAAUGUUAGACUGGGAAAAAAGUCCCGCCUGUUGCUCUUGUUCCCCUGGAUACGUUAGAUGUUCCUUAGCUAUGUUGGCGUCUCAGCUUGCAGUUAGAGAGGAACUGUGCGCUCUCUACAAGAAAACUUAACUAGGGAGGAGGGGGUUGAGAAAGGAGUCAAGCAAAGAAGCCAUCGGUUAAAGGCUUCAAAGAUUCAGGGACUACAGUGGUACCUCGGGUUACAAACACUUUGUGUUAUAGACUCCGCUAACCCGGAAGUAGCACCUCAGGUUAAGAACUUUACCCCAGGAUAAGAACAGAAAUCGCGCACUGGCAGCAGCAGGAGGUCCCAUUAGCUAAAGUGGUACCUCAGAUUAAGAACGGACCUCCGGGACGAAUUAAGUUCGUAACCAGAGGUACCACUGUAUAUUCUUGGCUUCCACUGCUCUUUCAGAGACAACAUAAAAAUACUACCCUCAAAUAAGAAAUAUAGUAACAUUUAUUUGCUAUAAAACUCUACAUGGUUCACAUCACCAAGUUUGUUUAACAUUUUGGGACCUUGAUACCUGAAGGCGUACCUCUUCACACAUCGUAGCUUCCCUUGCUUUGAAAUCAUUACAGGGGUACCUCAGGUAAAGUACUUAAUUCGUUCUGGAGGUCCGUUCUUAACCUGAAACUGUUCUUAACCUGAAGUACCACUUUAGCUAAUGGGGGCCUCCCGCUGCCACUUCAGCCUGAAGCAAAGUUCUUAACCCGAGGUACUAUUUCUGGGUUAGCGGAGUCUGUAACCUGAAGCGUCUGUAACCUGAAGCGUAUGCAACUCAAGGUACCACUCUAUUUGAGACUUCCUCAAUACCAUGAUGGCAGGUGCCAGGCACAUUUUGCACCUGGUUAUCCACUUGCAACCAAGUGAAGAUGCCUGGGUACCAGGAUAGUGCCUGACAUCUCCACCAUCUGCUUGCCUGAGGACAGUGUUUGAAACUCAGAUACAUAGGUUAGGUGCCAAAUAGCUCCUUAAACCACGGUUACAUUGGGUCUUGUUUUUACACACUAAUACUGCAUCCUGUAGAAUUCUACCAGUUAUAUUUUAUCUGCAUGAUCAGAAUGAAUUUCAGGAACCAAAAUGCUUUUUCUGUGCAGCCUGAGCAGGAGCAGUAAAAAACAUUACAGUUAAUUGUUGUAGCUUGUCUUCACUUACCCCAUCCCACUGCCCUGCUCACAACUGUGAAGAAUAUUCUCACGUUAUGAAUGGUCUGUGUCACCGUUAAGAAAAAGAGGUAGGAAUAGGCCAAUAUAUAUGUGGCAUGUCCCUGGAUCAAGUGACUUUUCUUUUCUCAGAGUUCUUAAGCUAGCUGAAGGUCGUCAUCUGAACUAGCCAGAGUUUUAAUUGAUAACCAAUCACAGUCAAUGCAUCAUUUGAAAACAAGACUUUAGAGCUGUCUUGUCCAAAAAUGGCAACUAGACAUUCCAUGUAGUUGACUGUAACCUUGGUUUAAGGAGCCAUUUGGCACUUUGCUUAUAUAUCUGAUUUUCUAACAUUGCUUCUGAAUGCCAUUGCCAAAUUAGGUAGGGGAAGGUGUUUAUGAGUGAAAGGGCCUUUUCAGCUCUGGCCCUUUAGUUAUUAGUACUGUGUUGUGAUUUAGCAUUUUAGCUGUGUGGUUUUUAAAAUUGCUUCCCCUUAUAGCUUAGUGCUGCAGUAUUUUACUUCCCUACUUUGUUUUAGUUUUGACUAAAUUACAGUUGUGUUUCUAUAGCAUUAUAGUUGGUGUUUUAUAUAAUUGUGAUUUUUAAGUUUGUCACUGUUACCUUGUACACCACCUGAAGAACUAUUGUUAUUAGUGGUUUGUAAGCAGAAUGAAAUAAUAGAUAUCUUACAUUAGGAGUGAGGAAAACUGUACAUAAAAUUAUAGAGUUGUAGAGUUGGAAGGGACCCCAAGGGUCAUCUAGUCCAGCCCCUGCAAUGCAGGAAUCUCAGCUGAAGCAUCCAUGGCAGAUGGCCAUCCAAUCUCUGCUUAAAAACCUCCAAGGAAGGAGAGUCCACCACCUCCCGAGGGUGUCUGAUCCACUGCCAAACAGCUCUUACUGUCAUAAAAAUCCUAGGCAGUAUUAUCUUGAUUCCUCCUUCUUUUAUAGCCCUGUUCAUGUGUUACUUGUAGGACUUGGCCCCACUCCCACCACUGUCUGAUAACAGCUUUUGCUCAGUCAGUGACAUUUCCCUUGCUGUCCUGUGGCAGAGAUUUUAGUCACAAACCUUGUGAUAGGAAACCUCCACUUGGUCGCAAGGGGGCGAUCCUGAGUCACAAGAAGCGACUAGUGACUGGCUAAUUUCGAACACUGAACCCAGGGGGUCCGUAGCAUCAUUCACAUAACAAAAACCCCCAUAGAGAUAUCAAACUUUUCAAAAGUAGGAGAUCCAUGGCUUGAAUUUGAAAAAAAAAAAAAAGAGGUCCACAGUACUUAACUAAUUGGGUACCACUGCUUUAGAGCAUGGUUUCCCAACCUGAGGUCCUCCAUGUUGGCUGGGGAUGAUGGUAGUGGCAGUUGUAGUAAAAAAUAUAUAAGAGGGCAUUUGGUUGGGCAAGGAUUAUUUGAUGACCCAAGUACAAAUAAACAUUAUGUAGUUAAAUAAGGCCAGUUUCAAAGUCCAGCAAGGGAUGGCUUUGUUUAUCCUUACUGUUGGGCAAGUUUUGUGACAAAGAUGACCUGUGGAAUAGACUGUUCUUUCCUACGGGCGAAAUUGUGAUAAGCACAUGAUACAUUGGCACAUGAUAUAUUGGCACAAAACCAUCAUGUCCAAAUCCCCACCAGUGUGCUGGCAGUUAAAAAAGGUCAGUUUUGGAGUCGAGUUGUUCCUUUCUCAUGAAAAAUUUUCUCUUUGUCAACAAAUUUGAAGCUUUGAUUUAUGCAACUGUUUUUUGACUGAGGUGUCAAAUAAUGUAUUUCUUUUUGUACUGUUUGUUCCUACAGUCCCUGAUGUGGCAACUGUACCCUGUAACAGCGGUCGGGGGUGGGAGAGGUCUGCUUGACCCAGCACUGAAUCUAGACAAGAGGCACAAGUGGCUUCGGCCAAAAUUAUUAAGGGGUUGGAUCAGUUCCCUUGUAGAAACAUGGGAAGCCGUCUUAUACUGUCAAACCAUUGGUCGAUCUACGUCAGUAUUGUCUACACAGAUUGGCAGCAGCUCUCCAACGUUUUGGACAGAUGGCAUUCACAGCUUUAUCCUGGAGAUUUCAGAGAUUUAACUUGGGGUCCAUCUGCAUGCAAAGCAGAUGCUGUACCACUGAGUUAGAGCCCAACAUAUGAAGCUGACUUACUCUGAGCCCAGGCCAUUGGUUUUGUUGCUGAGUGUUGUGUGCACUGACAGGCAGCUGCUCUCCAGGAUUUCUGACAGGGUGCUUUCCCAGCCCUACCCAGAGAAGCUAAGGAUUGGUCUUGGGACCUAAUGCAUACCAAGCAGGUUCUCUCUACCACUGGGCUUUCACCUAUGUAGAAAGGAUACAACAUUUGGGGCUUUUUAGUUUAGAAAGAAGAUGAGGAAGGACAAUGAGAGAAGUGUAUAGAAUUCUGCAUGCACACGGUUCAAAAUUAGCCAGGUGCAUUUUGCAACUGGCGUGGGUCCAACUGCAACCACAUAGAGAUCUCUGGAUGCCAGGUAGACAACUGACAUCUCCAUCUGGCUGCCCCUCCAGCUGUCUUAAGUGGGUAAGCAGAAGAGCUUACUUAUUGCAUUAAUAUCCUACCCUUUUCUCCAAAGAGUACAUGAUUCCCCCCAGUCCUAAGUUAAUCCCUAAAACAACCCUGUGAGGUAGGUUAAGAGGUUAUAACUGGCCCAUGGUCACCCAGUGAGCUUCAUGAUGGAGUGAAGGCUUAACCCAGAUCUCCUAGGUCCUAGUCUGACACUCUUUAACUACUACACCACAUAGGCUUCCUACAGUACUUCUGCUAUGGGGCAGCUACAUAAAUUAUGUAGGUAUGUAAAUAUGGGGAAAGCAAAAUGUCAUACUGAAUCCUUAUGUUACCUCACUACAAAGUUUCUGACUGUGAGCCUGAUAUUCACACAAAGAUGCACCUGAAAUGGCCACCCAAACAUUUUCUGGGGUCUGUUUUGUGAGCAGAAUCCUAAAUUGGCAUCUUUACUCUCUGUAGGAUUUCAGUCUCUGUGGCAUAGCAAGUAGGAAUGGCCAGGGCGCUCUGAAUGUUGCUGUGCUCAGCCAGUCCCGCCCAACAUGACCAGUGGAGGCCGCCAUAUUUGCCGGCAUGGAAUUGCAACAUUCCAUUCCAGGGAUGCCAAAUGUUGAUGGUCAGAAUCAGGCUAUUUUGGAGAAGGAAGGUUUUGUAAAAUGAAACGGGGAUAUAAUUUAGUGAGACUGAGUCAAGAGUGGUACUGGCACCUGAUAUGAGAAGAGCAGCUUGCGAUAACUGUGUGUCAAUCCUGGUGAUGGUUGAGUGUUCAUAUGAGGGAACAUCGCCAUGGGGGUGAUGGUACAAAAUGAAAGCAAAAACUCAAAUCAGUGGAAAAUAUUUACAAAGUGAACAGCACACCAGUCAUACCAAAGGGUAAUUGGAACUGCCAUAAUUGCAGAUUUCUCAAAAACCAUUUAGAGCUAAAUGGAACUUGAGUGUGCAUGGCCUUAAAAAGCUGCAAAAAUCCCUUGUUAUAUUUAAAUGGAUAAUAUUGUGUAAUAUUCCACCAUUUCUCCAGGCAGCUCAGGGUGGUGCAUUGGGUCUCUUGGGUCCAGUCAGAACAAUCCUGUGAUGUAGGUUGUCGAAAGAGUUACUGUCUCAAAGUCAAGGUCACCCAGUGAGUUUCAUAGCUGGGUAGGCAACAGAAUCCAAGGACUUUACAGCCCCAAGUCGAAACUGUCUAUUGUACAAGAUGUCUGAACCUUUUCAGAUUUGGCACUCGUUUUUUAAUUUUUUACCAUCUUAUUUGUGUGAAGCCAGUGCUGGUGUGACUUGCUGUAGGUUGGGCUGUGACCUAGUUGGGGAGUUUUAACCCAUCACUGCAUAGUUUGAUCUGUCACAUUAUUGGUACAGCCCAUUAGUGCUACAGGGACAGUGAAACUCCCUUACGACUUUUUCCACAUUCCAACUAUGGUUACCAGUUUCCAGGUAGAGGUAGAUUACUUUGUAAAAAAAAAAAUGUACGAAACUGUCAUAAGCAACUUGCAUGUGCUUCAGUUUGAACUAAAAAGUGACGUCUCUGGUCCCUGGGGGGCUGGGCUCAUACCCAAGCUUUAGAUUUCUAGCUAUCACAACUAAAAUAUUUGUCUUGAGUUUAGCUCUGUUCACCUAGUUGGCAGACGUAACACGAGAAAGUGGCAGCACUUUGAGUUCACUUAGGUGAGAGCACUUGGACGUUGGUUGGCAGAAGUGAGGUGAAGUUCGGGUUGCUUUUUCCCCCUCUUGCGCAGCUUGCUGCUGAUCUCUAAGAGGAUCUGGAAUUUUGAGACAAGAUCCUGUUUGCUAUGGAGAAUAGACGUCAGAGGUGGAGGGGGGAGAGAAGGUUAAUCCAUGUUAGGUAACAGACAUGAAAGGGCACAACUGGUGGAGUGAUAAAACGGCUCUAAAUGGACAAAUUAGUUGGAAAUGCUUUUCCUAUUUUUCAUCUAUAAUUAAACUGCUUACUAGUUGAACAUACAAGUUGUGGAGACUUAAUUAAACUUUAUUUUGUCAGGAUUUAUUACAGUGUAGUUUUCCCACAAUGUAAUGUUCCACCUUUAUGGUAUAAUUUGUGUUCAUGAGAUAAUUCUUCCAGACACAUGACAACUUUUGUUUAAUUCUGCCUCUGAGGCUUUGUUCAGUUUAGUAGUACAGUGGUAUCUCAGGUUACAUACGCUUCAGGUUACAUAUGCUUCAGGUUACAGACUCCGCUAACCUAGAAAUAGUGCUUCAGGUUAAGAACUUUGCUUCAGGAUAAGAACAGAAAUCGUGCUCCGGCAGCGCAGCAGCAGCAGGAGGCCCCAUUAGCUAAAGUGGUGCUUCAGGUUAAGAACAGUUUCAGGUUAAGAACGGACCCCCGGAACGAAUUAAGUACUUAACCUGAGGUACCACUGUACAGUUUUGUUACAGUACUACUUCCUGCUUUCAGCCUUAAAAAUGGGUUUAAGCAGAGGUUUGAUGUCCAUCUGUCAUGGAUGCUUUAGUUGAGAUUCCUUCAUUGCAAGGGGGUGGAUUAGAUGACCCUGAGGAUCCCUUCUAACUAAACUUUAUGUAACAAAAGUAGGAUCCAUUUUCCCCAAAGAAAAGGUCUUGGUUACAGCUUGUGGUAUGGUUGGAGAGUGAUAAGCCAUCUACCUGACUUUGGACAUAAAGGUAAAGGGACCCUGACCAUUAGGUCCAGUUAUGACCGACUCUGGGGUUGCAGCGCUCAUCUCGCUUUAUUGGCCGAGGGAGCCGGCGUACAGCUUCCGGGUCCUGUGGCCAGCAUGACUAAGCCGCUUGUGGCGAAACGCCGUUUACGUUCCCGCUAAAGCAGCACCUAUUUAUCUACUUGUACUUUGACAUGCUUUCAAACUGCUAGGUUGGCAGGAGUUGGGACUGAACAACGGGAGCUCACCCUGUCGCGGGGAUUCAAACCCCGACCUUCUGAUCAGCAAGUCCUAGGCUCUGUGGUUUAACCCACAGCGCCACCCGUGUCUCUGACUUUGGACAUAGGGCUAAGCCAAAUCAGGGCUUGGUUCUCCGCUGUGUGGUUGGGUGGGGGAGCAAAACAGGCACGGUUUCAGUCCUGUGCACAAGCACACUGCACAUGUGUCUUUAAACCACAGUUCAGCUUAACUGUGCUUCAAAGUAACAUGUAAACCAGGACACUAACUCAAACUGCUUGUCUAUCAAGCUCAGUAUUAUGUACAUGCUGACAUGCAGCAGCUUUCAAAGAUCUCGGCCAGAAGAGUUUAUUCCAGCCCUGGCACCUGAGUUGGCCUUUAACUAGACAUGCCAAGGGUUGGACUUGGCACUUCUGCACGCAGCACAUGGGCUAUACUGCUCAGCUACUGUCCCAUCCCACAGUCUUGUGAGGCAGCUCAAGGAUCAGAGUUCAGCAAUUGUAAUUCCAUAGCUAGCAGCUGGUUCCUGUCUGUGAAUGCUAUCUCUAGAAUCCUCCUUGCUUCCCCCACAGUUCAAAGUGAAUGGCUUCAAAAUGGGAAAUUAACCAUGUUCAGUACUAUUUUUCUAGAAAAAGAGGAACUCACCUCUUUCUGCCUCAUUCUUUUAGAAUGGCAAUAGCACCCACUGAUUUCCUGCUGAAAAAAGUCCUGACCAUGUCAGUGAAUUGAGCCUGACACUAGAACUAUGGUAUGCAAACGUUUGUGUGUACUGUUAAUUUGUGGGUGUAACAUCCUAAUUUCUCUGUGAUAUUCACAACAGUGUGAGUAACAAAUCACACCUCUUUUGCCUGAUCCCUCCUCCCAUUGAAUAUUAAAUCAGAAUAUUGUUUAUAAAAUGAGUUAAUUUUUUUGGUAGAACACUAGCCACUGCAAGGUACCCAAUGCUGCCUGCAGUAUACUUCAGCGCAAACAUGUACAGCAGUUGAAUGAGUUGCUCAUUCUCACCUAGUGGUUCUUUUCCCUUCCUCUUUAGAAAGCUGAAACACACAAGCCACUUGUUUCAUACAGCCAUCACAGAAAGUGGCAUAGCAUAUCCUGUUGAGCUUACCUUUCAUACCUUACCACAGCAGAGAGGAGCUGGGGCUGGUACACAAGCUGGGUGCUGGGUUGUUUUCUAGUUGUUUUCAGGGAAGCUUUUAAUGUGUGACAUUUUAAUGUAUUUUUAAUCUUUGUUGGAAGCAGCCCAGAGUGGCUGGGGAAACCCAGCCAGAUGGGCGGGGUACACAUAAUAAAUUAUUAUUAUUAUAUAGUGGUGGCAUCUGCUUAUGAGGAACUCCUUCCCACAGGAAACCCGUCAGGCUUCAUCCUUAGUGGGGUUCAGGUGGCAUUUGAAAUGCCUGAUGGCUUUGUUGUAUUUUUGUUGCUGCUGCAUUAAUGACCUGGUAGUGUCCCAAAGUGUUUUGUGUUUUGUCUUAAAUCAGGAUCAGAUUUGCUUCAGUGUGGAAUCAUCGGUUCUCUUCUCUUCUUCCUCCCUCCCUUUAAAACAUUGUCCCCUAUUAGCCCUUCCCAUACGAAUUGAUGUACAGAUAACAGUUUGGGUGUUCUGAGUGUCUUUUGCAUAGGGCUUUCACUCUUUUUCAUACCAGUAAAGUAGAACUGUCACAUAGCCCUGUCUAGAGCAGCUCUGAAGCCUAGAAGAGGCUGCAGAGGGUUAAUCUAGCCUGCCGGGGAAAGUGACGUUAGGGGAAAGCAGGGAUUGAGCAAUCUGGAGCUGCCUCACACGCACUUGUCAGGAAUCCAGGGUGGCUGGGAAGGGCUUGAGAGACACAAGCUUCCCUUUUAAGCAGAAGGGCAGGGCUCGGGCAGCCAAUCACAGCACAGCAAGGACAGCUCAUAGGCAUGUGUCAUGAGUCUUGCCGGCAUUUCCUCUCAAGCACGAGAAACGAGAAAGGAGCGGAAUUGGGUGGUUUACAAGAGAGCCUGAGCAGAGCUGGGGGAAAUGCUUUGCCUGUGCCUCUAUGUGCCGACUUUCGGCGAGUCCCAGGCAGAGUUUGAGUACUUUGAGUCGCAGCGGCUUCCUGAGAAUCUGAAGCCCAUCUUCAGACUGAGCCUUUUGAUUCCUUCCCAGGAGUUCUCCACCUAUCGUCAAUGGAAGCAGGUAUGAAAGAAUGCAUGUGAGCUGAAUUGUUCUAAUCUGUUCAGUAUGACCUCCUCUAUGCCUUCAAGGAGUUGAGGGUGGCACACAUAGUUGCCUUCCACUCCUUUUAUCUGGACAACAGGCUGUCUAGGUAAAAUUGGUUGAGACUGGGUCAAUGGCUCAAGUUUAGUCUGUGAACUUCAAGGAUCAAGUGGGUAUCUCCCUAGUUUAAGCCCAGUUCUGUUCUGGAGGCAGGUUCUAGCUUGGGAUAGUUAUUAGCUGCUGCUCUAUAGCAGCUUUCAGUGUAAAGAGGGUUGGUGAGUCAUCUUCCCUGCCCUUCCUCCACAAGUUCUCAUUUUCCUUGCAAUGUAAAUACAGUGUGGAAGAUUGUGUGGAGAUGUAAUGGGUUUCCAAGGCCCACCUGGUGCAUUUCCAACAUUCAGCCCUUGUGCUGCCUUCUGCUUCAUACUACCUAUUUUCCACAAAGCCUUUGGGUGUGUGUUCUAAUGCCAGUUCAUGUUGGACCCAAACUUCAGUUGGCUGUAUAUAAUCUGAAGUGGGGGAAACCCUCCCUUUUAGUAUCAUGUAUAUCAAUAUGAGCAACUUGACCCAGCAUCCUUCUCUAGAACACCCUGUGACAGCAAUUUUGGCCAGGUCCUUGAUUCUUCUGAAGGAUGGAACUGGCUGUGCCUAUUGUUACUACAACUGAGCCUACAUGCAAAUAAAGAGGAUGGAGAGGGAUGUACCAGGGACAUUUAAGGUGAAGAGGAGGCAUAUCCAGGGCUGGGUGGCAUUGUUGGUGGCAGGAAGACGGCAGCAUCAGUUAAUCUCUUCAUUUCCCACCUAUCUUUCCUAACAUAGGAAGUUCAGCUCAGAUAGCCAAUGUUCUGUUCAGAGUAUGCCCAUUGAAAUUAAUGGACAUGGCUAACUUAAAUUCAUUCAUUUCAAUUGGUCUACUUUGACUAGAAAUUAGUGGGAUGCAACCCAGGGUUCAUGUGAAAGUUCAGGAGACCGUAAGUUUUUAAAAGCAAGCCUGCACAACUUGUGAUCCAAUACAGCCCAGCAGUGUCUGAAUGAAAUAUCUGAACAACAGUUUGGCAUAAAUGGAGCUGUUAAGCACCUGUCAGGCAACAAUGCACAUCUGCUGGGCUGUUUUGAAUUUGGUGGAUCAUGUGUUGUGCUGGUCUGGCUUAAAACAUAAGUACAUAAGGGGUGUCAUAUUUGUUUACAUAUGGAAGAUGGGAAGCUCACACCUAGCUCAAUGUUACUGAUGCUGUUGUCAGUGGAGGAGACAGGGUAUCUUUCCCAGCUCUAGCUAGAGGUGCCUGGGCAGCAUAUUGGGUAGAGUGUUUGAUUAGGACCUGGGAGAAACCCCACCUAAUCACAAAGCUCGCUGGGUGACCCUCGGCCAGCCCAACCUACCUUGCAGGGUUUUGGUUUUUUGGGAAACAUCUUUACUGAAAGUUCAAAAGGCACAUAACUAUAUGUGCAUCAAACAUGGUGAGGUGCAAACAAAAGGAGAAAAAGAAAAAGAGAAACAGAACCUGUGCAGAAGAGAAAAGAAAGGGAGGAGUGGGGGAAAACCCAAAACUGUAUAUUCAAAUUCAGUGAUAUUUGGAAUCCAUUCUUACAAAUAGGUUAAGAUCUGGUGAAGAACAGUAACAACCUUGUAAAAUAUACCUCGUAGGGUUACUGGGAGGAUAAAAUGGGGAGGGGGAGAACCAUGUACUCCACCCUGAGCUCCUUGGAGGGAAGGGAUAUAAAUGCAAUAAAUAAAAAAAUGAAAUUGAACCUGGGGCCUUCUGUGUGAAAACCAGAUGUGUUACCACUGAGCUGCAGCCCUUUCCUUCUGGCAGUGUUACCAGUCAUGGCAACAUGCAGUAGUUGCUGCUAUAAAGAUAGUAAGUAAUAGAAGGGUUCAUGUGCACAUGCAGAGAGGAUUUUGUGGGUGAUAAGUCGCCUACUUGAUUAUGAAUCUUCCUUGUUUCAUCACUGCAGUCCCAACAGCGUUCUGGUAUGUUAGCCAGUUAGCUGGUUUUCAUGAGGAAUAUGGGUUCGUUCAGAGCUCUCUUCUCUCUCCUCCCCACCCCAGUUAUUUCCUUCAUUCUCUUUCUAGUGUUUGAAAGCCAGCAUCUUGCACCUCCCCAAACUGAAACAAACAUAUUAUCAGAUGCGCUUCAGAUUUUUGUUAAUGAGUUAAUCACUCGUUAAUUUGCUUGUGAGCAAAGGCAAGCUCUUAUCACUUAUUCAACGGCCAUGCUUGAAGGAGAGUGUAUGAUGGUAUCAGGGCAAUAAGAUUGGCCAUGUAACAUCCAAUAUGACCCUUCCUUUCACAUUGUUCUGUUGGACCUUCACACUAGCAGUGUGUCACAAUGUCAUGGCUAUCAAGGCACUGAUGAAUGCACACUAGGCUAGAAUCCAACAGCCUUGCAGUUUGUAGCAUCAUGCAUUCAAAUGUGGUUACCAGAAGUCUUUUGCUGACAUGGUGACACUGGAUGGGGUUGAGGACAAUGAUUGAGGGGAUACAUGGAAGCAGACUGAUUUUUUAAAUGUAAAUAUCAGAACUGUAGAAACACCACACUGUUUAGUACAGUAACCUUAAAACCUGCAUCAAUUGGGGCCUUAGCAGUCUUGCUUUCUCAGUGCAAGAAGAUUAAUGUGCAGACCCAGUGCACAUGUAGGAAAGAAUUUCAGCACUGACCAUGAUGUGAGCCCAGAGUUACAAUUUUAGAAAUCGUUUGCAUCACAGAGAUGCGAGUUCAGUGGGGGCAGAUUACUUGGCAGAAGCGUUUGGGAGUGCUCAUUGGCAGACAUUUCCCCCUUUUGCCUUGUAUCCGCUGCAGUAUCCUUUACAGAAAGGGGAGGUGCGUUUUUGGCUUCUCCAGGACCAGCUUACAGGGACUGCAAUGCUUCCUUGCCUCUCCCAAAGGGUCAUGUGGUAUUGGGAAACCCUGAAUUGGCUCGUUAGCAGUUAUCUGAUGACAUGCCAGAGAUUGCCUUCUAUCUUUAGCUUACAAAUUAUGACCCCUUCUAUCUCUCUUCUUUUACAACUGUCACAUGUCUGUCUGCAGAUUAGAUCCACCUUGGAAGUCUCAAAGGUCACCGCAGAUGGUGACCGGCUGUCCUUAUUAAGUUUAGGUUAGGAGGGGUAUUAAAUUAUAUGAAGGCCUAAGUUUAGUAAUAUGGGGGACAGGGAAGGGGAGGAAGGAGCAUUUCAAAUUAUGUCUAGCGUAAUUCUCAGGGGAGUCGUUUCUUAUACAAUAUGAAACGUUUAUUACUUUAAUACGGAACAUAUUUAUCAGCAGCCUAAUUAUUAAAAAUGCAGUAUGCUAACCCAUUCCUCUAUUUUUUUCUAAUUUUUCAUGGUCUUGCAAGUGGAGCUAGGUAUUGACAGGUUCUGUUUCUUGGCACUCUAGCCUAGUAGACUGGUGUUUAAUGGAGGCAUCAGCGACUCAUAGCCUUGUGCUGUGUGGAGAUCAGCAGGCAGCCCAGUUAGAGCCAUUGUGAGGAGCCAGCUGGUCUUUGCUGGGUGCUUUUUGGCAUAUAAUUAUCUCACUUAACAAAUUUCCUGCUCUCUAUGCAAAACAGGUGAUAGCAAAGCAGGUAUUGACCCAGCCAUUUAGUUGCUGUGUCUGGUUUGCUUACCUGCCUAUCUGGGCAAGGCUCAAGGUGCUGUUUCCUGCUAAGAGGAAUGUUAAGGAUGAAGUUUCCUUAUUUAUUAACAACAUGACUUUGCCAUCUCUUAAUCUCUUCUGUAAAUAUACACUUUGCUUCUAAAAUCUAGUUUCCCCCAGUAUCUUGCACAAGUGCAUAACUGCAGGGUGACCAAAUCAGUUCAUGCUUGCCUCAGAGCUGCUUUUUGACCUCUCUCUUCAGCUCGUGUAUUUGUAUUUGGUGGUCAGUCAUUGUUUCUAGUAGCUGGUGUGGUUUAGCUUCCUUGCUUCCCUGUUCAGAGGCAAAGUACAGUGACAUCUCUGUACCCAGUGCCUAGCAAGGAGCUUUUACAGAAGAACUAGCGCUCUCUCUCUCUCUCUUCUCACUUCUCUCAAGCCCAUGACAUUGAUCCUGCAUCUUAAGACAAGGUGUAGCCUAGCAGUGUUUGGGGAAAACACACACACUGUCUCUCAAAAAACCAGCACAACUGGUAUCAAACAUAUUUGGUUAAAUUUAGGAGCUCCUGGCAGUGGGGAGGGGACUGCUGUGCUCCAGUUCUGCUUUUAGGGUUUCCAUAGGCAUGUAGUUGGCCACUGUGAGAACAGGAUGCUAUAUGUGCCAUUGGCCUGAUGCAGUAGGGCUCUGGAUUCUUAGUUUUUACAGUAUGUGUGAGGCUGUUCAAAAACAGGUGUGCUAUGUAUUCUCCCAGCUCCUGUUCCCUAGCCACAGCUAUAUAAAAAGGCUACAAAAUGAAGUCGCAGAGAUCAUUUUGUGCAGGGGUUCCGUUCCCAGCCCCCGUCUGCGUCGAUUGGGCAUGUAUAAGUGCGCCCUGCCCUGUUAUGUCCCUUGUUCUGCCCUCUUCUGUGUCCAAAAGGAUCCACAGGUCUGCAAUUGUGUGUCCAUUGGGCGUGCCUAAAAUGGUCACCGCCUGUAAUGUUGUUUUUAUGUCUUUUCAUACAGAAAAUCGUUAAAGCUGGAGAUAAGGACCUAGAUGGGCAGCUGGACUUUGAGGAGUUCGUUCACUAUCUCCAAGACCAUGAAAAGAAACUGAGACUGGUUUUCAAGAGCUUAGACAAAAAGAACGAUGGUAUGCACAUUUUGGUUUAUUUAUUGGGAGCGAAGGGAUUCUGUUGCAGAUUGUCUGGCAGCUUUGUUUUGUUCAUAAAGCUUAGUGCUUACUUGUCAUCUUUACAGGCUGCAUUGACGCCCAGGAGAUCGUGCAGUCCCUUCGGGAUCUGGGAGUCAAGAUCUCUGAACAGCAGGCUGAGAGAAUUCUCAAGAGGUAAGUGUUGCAGGUGGCUCUAGUGUUUUCACUCUGGCGACCAUGGUGUAAGGUGUUAGCUUUGUCUCCCUUCUCUUCCUUUAUAUCUCCCCCCUUAUAAAUCCUCUGAAGCAACUCUGCAGCGUUUCGUCCAUAGCAAAGCAUGCUAGAGCAGCAAAUGGUGCUAGAAUAGCAAUCACAGGUGAAGAUCCACUGACAUCUUUUGCUGGAACAGUAGGGACAGAUGGAGGCCAGAAUGCAUAAGAGCAUGUGACAUCAAAAGUAAGCAGAAUGCUGAUUCAUGAGAGAGCAGCUUUCCCUCUUGGAAAGGAUUCUUCAUACUUGCCAGGAAUUGAUUUACGGUGCUAACAUUCCGUCCUGUAAGAUAGGCAAGUAGCAUGUAGGCCAAGCGGGAACUUGCUUAAUAGCUGCUAAGCCAGAGGAAUGAAUGAUUUUUGCCAGCAUUCUGGAAUUGCUGUCCUUGCUGUAUAUAAUGCUUUUCUGCAGGUUAGAUAAUCUUAAAUUAAGGUAUAAAUUGAGGUAUAUGUUCCAGUGCUUGCUGCUUUAAUACGUGCAUGCAACUUAACAUACUGAAAUGCUUUCAGCUGCAUGCAUGUUGCACUAACUUUUAACAUUUGUCCCUUUUUUGCUCUUUGUAUUCUCCCCUCUGCUUCCCUGUCUGUCAGAAUAAGAACGGGACACUUCUGGGGUCCUGUCACCUAGUAAGUACCAAAGUGUAUACUCUUGUCUGGCUUCUAUUCCUUUUUGUACCAGUUUUUCUCCCCACCCGCAAUGAAGUUGGUAAUGUGUAGCAGAUUUUUAGUGAGCCUGGUGGUGAUGGAGGGUGAGUGCACAGGCAGAUAUACAGCAGUAUAUCUCAUAAAAACAUAAAAAUUUCAGUAUCGAUAUCAACAAAUUACACAGCUAAUCAAUAUAAAGCACUCCUAAAACAGCAGAAAAAUAUGCAGAAUAAGGGGUAACUAUUAAAAGCACAGCACAUAUUUUUGUUUCCAGAAGGUAACUGCAAGCAAGCCAACAGGGCUAAGGUUGAAUUGAUGCUUAUGAGUAGGAGCUGUGUUAAAACGAGCACUUCUAUGCCUCAUCCUUGGGAAUCUUUUAUCAAUUAGUAAGACUGAUUAAUUGGUAAGGACGGAAAAACACUCAAGUUCAAAACUUCUUCCUCCUGCUGCCCCAAGGUAGAAUCUACUCACACAUUUGCCUUCCACAGAUGAAGCCACACUGUACAGACCAUAACCAGGCAGCAAGGACACAAAUUGCAGAUGACUUAUGGGAGUGCACACACAGUUACACAUGCCACUCACUAGUUAAUCUGACUCUUUUUAUGACUACACACAUUAGCCAAUCUAGACUCUUCCUAUGGAAUAACUUAUGUCCAUCCUGCACAGCCUUAUAUAUUUAGUUUUGGAGGACCCAGUGAAAGGAAGAGGGUGUGGGGAGAGGCAAUAGAGAAGCCAUCUUAACCCCACACAGAACACAAUUUGUUCCUCAUGAGCUGUCCUGUGAUCCCAGGAAAGAUUUUUGCCCUCAUGACUGUUUGAAAAUUACUCUUCCAAGUAUUUUACACUAUCUGAUACAUAAAGCUCUUAAAAUUGUGCUUGCAUGUUCUUUAGUCCUCUUCUGCAAAUAUUUAUGUUUUGUGUGGUUGGUGUGGAGCUAAAGAGUUGAUACGCCAGACCUCCUCCUCUUGGCUCAUUUUACCUUCCCAAUUGAUUCUUGCAGCAUGGAUAAAAAUGGAACAAUGACAAUAGAUUGGAAUGAAUGGCGUGACUAUCACCUGUUGCACCCUGUGGAGAACAUUCCUGAGAUUAUUCUGUACUGGAAGCACUCAACGGUAAGAAAUUAAGAUCCUUCAUGCACAACAUAUGUGAAACUCAUGGUUGCAUUUGUGAGGGUCCCGCUCCAUGCUCUUGACUCCUAUCAGCAGUCUCCAUCAAAAGCUAGCUGCCUUCUCGCUCUAGUUGCUUUCUGUUUUUAUGUGCCUUCUGGCCUUGUUCUUAAAAUUUCUGGCACAGGUGAAAGUGAAUGUUCUCAGGGAGUGGGAAGGCAGGUAAGCUGCUUGACUUGUACCCAAGGUAUGCAAACAACUGGGUCCUGCUAGUUUGCAACCUGCCAGCUCUGGAAAGUGAUACGAUGCUCUUUGAUUAAAUUUGGCUUUUAGUGCUGCAUAAUGAGAUCAAACUAGGCUGUGAACUCCAGAAGAACUCUAGAUCUUUCCCCCUGUUCUGUUCCUCUUGGCCAGUCAUUUUGAACACCAGCAGAUUGCAAGGCUGGCAGGUGGCCCAUUUUUGGAACUACAACUAUGGUAUAUUUUCUGAAAUACCCUCUAAUGAAUUUUAUUAGCUGCAACCACAUGCAGGAGAGAACAAAACUGCUGCAGAUACAGAUAAAGCAGGUGCAGGUGUUGAAAUAGUAAGCUAGUGCUAAUUGCUUCCAUGCUUAAAUUGUUUAAUCUAGGUGCAUGAUGAACAGAUCUCUGAGGAAGUCCUCAUGCACACCUAGUACAGCUGAAGAAAAUUGUUUUACUCAUGCUAUGCUUUGUUACUUUGCAGAUUUUUGAUGUAGGAGAGAACCUGACAGUGCCAGAUGAGUUCACAGUGGAAGAGAGGCAGACUGGAAUGUGGUGGCGACACCUAGUUGCAGGUGGAGGGGCAGGGGCAGUGUCAAGAACAUGCACUGCUCCCUUGGACCGCUUGAAAGUUCUCAUGCAGGUAAGGGUGGAAGCUCGGCAGAAGGGUCUUUGUUGUCCUGGCUCCAUCAACUUUUCCUCUUAGUUCAAGGAUAUAGGUAGAAUACAGUCUUGCAAGACAGACUUUUCCUCCAGAAACAAGAGAGCUGUAAGAUAUGGUGAUGUCAUUCUGACACCCAGAGGGAAGCCACUCUCAGCAGUUUCUGUGAGCCCUGCUUUUCUACAUAUGACCUGUACUUCUGGUUCCCUCCAGAAUUUAUACUUGUAGUUUUUUGGAAGUUGGGCAGGUCAGGUCAACAACAGCACAGUCCUUGGACUGCGCAGCCUUGGCAGAACACGCAAUCCCUUAAAACUAGUCUCGACAGCUCUAGCUGGAAAUGAGGUAACCUGUGACUUGCUGGCAGCUCUUCCUGUUCUGGGCUCAAAGGACAGAGAAACACAGCUGUCAUUGGAAGUACCUUGUGAAAUGGGGAAUUUGGACUUUGCAUAGGAGUCACCGGACUGACCCAUGCCUCCCUUUCGUCAUCAGUUCCAUUUCCCACUGCUUCCCUUUUCACUUCUUGCUGUUCCAUGAGCUACUAAUUUUGAUAAUAUUGGACUAUAGAUAACUGACGUUGAAUGAAAGUGUCCCUUUUCCUGCUAUACUUGUGAGGCAAGCUAGUUUAAAACUUGUAUGUCGAUAAGAAAAUAUUUUUUGCCCGAGCAGGAAAACUGAAAAUGGGCCUGGAUCCAACCAGAAAUGUCUUUCUCCUUUUCAGGUCCAUGCUUCUCGCAGUAACAACAUGUGCAUUGUUGGAGGUUUUACCCAGAUGAUCAGAGAGGGUGGCACAAGGUCACUUUGGCGAGGGAAUGGCAUCAAUGUUUUGAAAAUUGCUCCAGAGUCUGCCAUCAAGUUCAUGGCCUAUGAACAGGUAAAAUAAUCAGGACCCAAGGCAAUGCAAAUGAGAUGGUACUGCUGCUGUUCAUCUAACAUCCCAAUGUUGAGGCUAACAAGGGAAUAAGAAGCAGGUGUGACUGCGGUAUCAAAUGACAUAAUUCUUUUAUAUCUAUAGAUCAAGCGAUUCAUUGGCACUGACCAGGAGGUGCUGAGGAUUCAUGAGAGGCUGGUAGCAGGUUCAUUGGCAGGAGCCAUUGCACAGAGCAGCAUCUACCCAAUGGAGGUGAGUUCCUGAAUUUAGCCUUUGGCAGCUGAUGUUCUCCUUUCCUUUUGCGAACAACAGACUGCUUCCAAAUGUUUUAGAUGGAACUCUUCCCACAGUGGUGACUUCAUUGGUGACAUGCCCAUCAGAGAUACUAGCACUUCACUAGCAAUGUGGUCUAUUGUAGUGUUCCUCAGCCAUGGUUCCUCAGAUGAUGUUGGGACUUCAACAUUGACAAAACUGGCUGGGAAUGAUGGGAGCUGUAAUUAAACAAUGCCUGAGGAUCCAAGGUUUAAGAACACAUAAUUUGCUAGUUAUCUUUCUUUGACUUGGUUCAGGAAAAGUUUGUAUUUGCCUGCCUGUUCUAUACAGGCUUUCCUGAUGCAUCUGUUUCUUCUCUUGGGUUAGGUUCUGAAGACACGGAUGGCCCUGCGCAAAACAGGGCAGUACUCAGGGAUGCUGCACUGUGCCAAGAACAUCCUCACCAAAGAAGGAAUGGGUGCUUUCUACAAAGGCUACAUCCCCAAUAUGCUGGGGAUCAUUCCCUAUGCAGGAAUUGACCUGGCUGUAUAUGAGGUAAGAGGCUUGGCAGCUGCUUUGUGGGAGAAGAAGUUGCAGAUGUCCUUAAGCAGCCUUUCUCAACCUGUGGGCCCCCAGAUGUUGUUGAACUACAACUCCCAUCACCCCUAGCUAGCAAGGCCAGAGCUCAGGGAUGAUGGGAGCUGUAGUUCAACAACAUCUGGGGACUGCUGUCCUAAAGGAAUGUGCUAAGGAAGGCUAGAGUCCUGACACCAAUCUGCUAAAUUCCAGUGAAAUUUCCCACCUGUGCUCUAGUCUAGGAUUUGCAGCAUGGAUUUUCAAAGUUGUAGUAUUGCUCUCUCCCUACUCCACCUCAAAUCCAAUGCUAUAGAUUCGUAAGGGUCCUACCGAUGCUUGACUUGAUUUGUGAACAAUUUAUUCUUUCCUCCUAGACAUUGAAAAACAGCUGGCUGCAACAUUAUGCUGUGAACAGUGCUGAUCCCGGGGUGUUCGUUCUGUUGGCCUGUGGUACCAUCUCCAGCACCUGUGGACAACUGGCCAGUUAUCCUCUUGCCCUAGUACGCACACGAAUGCAAGCUCAGGGUAAGAGCAUUUGAGAGGCCCUUGGAUGUAACCUAUGAUGCAGAAAGUCUUGCUGCUCAGCACCUGGUUUUUAGAAAUAUAUACAAUCUCUGAACCUGAAGGUUCUACUUAGCCACAAUAACUAAGUAAACAAUAGACAUUAUCCUCCAUGUUUUUGUCUAAGUCUCCCUUGAAAGCCACCUGAGAAUUUUAAAUGUUCAAAACAUCUUUGAACAGUGAAUCCCAUAAACAAAUUCUGUAGAGGUACUUAAUUUUAUUUGCCCUGAAUCUAAUCCCAAUUUAAACUUGGUGAUCCUAAGCUUCUAGUAUAUGUGUUGGGGUGGGGAAUUUUUUUGUCUUCCUGCUCCCCGCCCCCAACUCAACAGUAGGUAAAGCUUUAUAGGUUUAUAAUGUUGCUAGCAUAUCUAAGUGCAAACACCUCUUGUUUCUUUGCACUGGGCUGAUCUUGGCAUCUGUCUCAGGCUGGCACAUAGCCAAGUAGUUACAGAGACAUAAUCGCAGGCUGUUAAACGCCACACAGCAAGUUAAAUGUGUGUCUGGUAUGCAGUGCCCCUCAGGAAUUGAGCUGUGACUAGUAGAGGUUUUCCCAUUCACUUUUAUUGAAAGAAAGCUUUGGUGCAUUAGUCCCUCAAGGCACUGCAGACAAUGCACAAGAUAAGCCUCUCUUCUCCACAACACAAUACAAGCUUUCUAAUCCCCUCUUUUACUACCCUGACUGCCAAGCUGUGCUCUAGCUUUAGGAAAGUUGAACCGAACCUGUGCUUUUCCCAUUCCCAGCCCCCAAUACUAGAGGGGCUGGAUGAGGAUCAUUCUUCCAGGUGUUCUCUCCACCUUACCAGAUGAAUGAAUUAAUCUUUAUUUGCAUCAGCCAUCGGCCAUAGCAAUAAAACAAUAUGAUAUACAAAGAAUAGAAAUAAAAAAGUCAGUUAUAUAAAAUGCAUUUUAGGGUUUUGAAUCAAUAGAUAGUGGAUCUUAUUCUGAUUGCCCCAGCUAAAAACCUUGCAACCUUUGCUGUCACCUGCUCAUCUUGCCUUUGUUUGCCCUUCUGUUGCUUACAUUCCCCACGAUUUCUGGACCUAGGAGAAUUUGGGGGGCGGGUAAUGUCUCUUAGAAUUAUCCUUCCUCCUGCGGGGCACUCAACCACCAUCCUGCCUUUUGAGUGUGUGGGAACUUAUUGCACGUUCCUGCUCCCCUCCUUCCAGGAAGGGGUCAGCAUGGGAGGUAGGGAGGCAGGAUGAGCUUGCUGGUGUGAGGACAUAAGCAGGGGGAAAUCAAGUGGUACUUGCCUGUCCCCCUCCCUGUCACUACCCUCUGAUUCUUCUGCCCCCAUCCUAGACUCUGCCAGCCCCUGACAUGCUGUAUUGUGCAGUCCACAGUCCAUGUGAUCAGGCUCUUGAUGAUUGUCCAACGGCUUCUCUUUCAGCUUCAGUCGAAGGAGCGCCACAGGUAACAAUGAGGAGUCUCUUCAAGCAUAUCCUGAAGACAGAGGGAGCCUUUGGCCUCUACAGGGGCUUGGCUCCCAACUUCAUGAAGGUGAUCCCAGCAGUGAGCAUUAGCUACGUGGUCUAUGAGAACCUGAAGAUGACUCUGGGCGUGCAGUCGCGGUGA